UCCGAAGCCCGGGUUUUGCCCUGCCAUGCGUCGGAGCUAUGUGGGCGACGUGUCGCUCUUUGGAACUUUGGCCUAUGAAGAUCUGGUCCCAGCAGAUGUGAAACGACUCAGACACCUCCGAGGUCUCCCCUCAGCUCCACGGACAGCGCGCACGCCACGUGCCACGCAUGCCACGCCACGUGCCACGCUGCGUUGGGAUGAGCAUCCUGAUGACUCGGCCAUGGCUACGGCGGUCAUUCCUUUGCCAGUGACAGUGUCUCACGACAGACACGAAGGUGUGGAGAUAGCUAUGGUCAUCCAGGCGCCAAAGUCUAUGCGACCUGAGAAACGACGACCACGCCCCAAAGAGUUGCAUUCCAAGUUGUCGCUGAUCUUCGAGGGGAAUCGGUUUCCAGAACCGGUGCACUAUCGGAAUGUGGACUGCAUGGGAAUUCCUUCCCUUUUAUCUCCGCAAGAGUGCAAAAAGAUUAUCGACUUCGCUGAAAGUUCCAUGUCCUUCCGGGAUCAUUUUCGAUCCCGGGUGGUGGACAUGUCCUAUGUGGAUUUCAUUGAUCCAUGCUUUGCGAACGCUUUCUGGAGCGCGGGUUUGGGCUGCUUGUUGCGUACCAUGAAACUGGAAGACCUGGUGCCCUGUGGCAUCAAAGAGGUCAUCCGGAUUCAGAAGUUCGUACAGGGAGGUUAUGUUUCCCUUCACUCGGAUCGACCCAUCAGUCUGUCAGAUGGCCGAGUUUCGAAGUACUCUUUACGCAUCUUCCUCAACUCGGGCUCCAACUCCGACAUUUCCGAUUCUACGGAUUUUGAGGGUGGUGUCAGCAUUUUUCACGUGCCAUUCAAAGAGCCAGUGAUCUUCACUGCGUCCACUGGAAUGGCAUUGUUCUAUCCACAAGGUGAACUGUGCACUCCACAGGAGGAAUCUGAGGUGACUUUUGGCACCAAGUACGUCUUACGAGCGGAUGUCCUUUUUCGAAAGGCACAGCGACCAGAACUGCCAAAGGCAGGUCAUGACGACCACCAGAGUCGGAUCCCUUGAUGAUUGGCUGCCGCAAAAUUGUGGAUGGCCCGGCCAGUGAAAAACAGCUGGCUGAAACGUGUGGUGGAGCUGGAAAACCAUG